AGGGGCGGCAGGAGCAGCCCGGGGCUUCGGCCGAUCGCUCUCUCGGUGCUGCCAUGGCUCCGCUUCGCUCCGGCCCGGCCUGGUGGCGUCUCCUCUCCUUGGCCAUGCUCGGCCCCGUCCUCUGCUGCCGGCCGGGACGGGCUGAGCCGGAGCCGGGCCCGGAGCCGGCGGCGGAGGCGGACCCGGACGUGGCCCCGGACCCGCACGGGCGGCACCUCUACAGCGCGGAGAUGCUGCGGCACGGCGCCGCCGCCGCCCCCCACUUCGUCAUGUUCUUCGCCCCGUGGUGUGGACAUUGUCAGCGCCUCCAGCCAACUUGGAAUGAUUUGGGAGAUAAAUACAACAACAUGGAAAACCCACAGGUCUAUGUUGUUAAAGUGGAUUGUACUACAGAUAUUCCACUGUGCUCUGAAUUUGGCGUCCGAGGAUACCCUACCCUAAAGCUGCUUAAACCAGGACAAGAACCUCUGAAAUAUCAAGGCCCUAGGGACUUCCAGGCACUGGAAAACUGGAUGUUGGAGAAAUUAAAUGAGGAACCACCUGAUCCAGAAUCUGAUGUGGAACCACCAAAAGCCCCUGAACCUAAGCAGGGAAUGUAUGAACUCUCAGCAGACAAUUUCAAGAUGCACAUAGCAGAAGGUGAUCACUUCAUCAAAUUCUUUGCCCCUUGGUGUGGUCACUGUAAGGCUUUGGCCCCAACCUGGGAACAGCUGGCUCAAGCCUUUGAGCAUUCAGAAACUGUCAAGAUUGGCAAGGUUGACUGUACCCAGCAUUCCAAAGUCUGCUCUGAAACCCAAGUUCGUGGCUAUCCCACACUCCUGUGGUUUAGGAACGGUGAAAAGAAUGACCAGUACAAAGGGAAGAGGGACUUUGACUCCUUAAAGGAAUAUGUGGAUUCCCAACUACAGAGCUCUGGGAAAGAGCCAGCAGCAGAUAAACCUGCUGAAGCCCCGCAGCCACCCGCAGAACCCACCCAUGUUGAGGCUACGGUGCUCUCUCUCUCUGAAAAAGACUUUGAUGCAACCAUUGCUAGGGGGAUCACAUUUAUUAAAUUCUAUGCUCCAUGGUGUGGUCACUGUAAGAACUUGGCUCCAACUUGGGAGAACCUUGCCAAAGAGCAAUUUCCAGGUUUGACUGAUGUCAAAAUAGCAGAAGUAGACUGCACUGUGGAACGUAACGUCUGCAGCAGAUUUUCUGUACGUGGUUAUCCUACACUUCUGCUUUUCCGAGGUGGAAAGAAAGUCAGUGAACACAAUGGCACGAGAGACCUUGAAUCACUGCAUAGCUUUGUCUUGCGUCAGGCAAGGGAUGAACUGUAAUAAAAGUCAAGUCUAGAUGCUCCAUCCCUGGCUGUCUCUGUACAGUAGCUGAGGGAUUUCAAUCAUUGCUAAUUUUCAAAUAGUAUAUUUGGGGGGAGGAGGGCAUUUGGGUGGGGUUUUUUGUUUGUUUUUAGGAAACUGAAUGUACUAAACAUUGGUAUCUUCCCUCUGUGUGCGUGUUAAAGACAUCCUACCCUGUGUGCAAAGGAAAAGUAACAAGUAGUUACUGUGCAAACUGAGAAUAUUUUCAGCAUUGGUAGUAUUACUGCAUUUCUGCCUUCCCGCAAUGAAGUGUAAAUGGUUUCCUUUGAGACUAAAAUACAUGAAGAAAACCAGCUUAAGGGCACCAGUAGAAUAUUUUUGUAUUCAGGUUAAAUUUGGUUCAAAAGUAAUCCUUACAAAUUGCCUACCAUUACUAGAAAGGUAAAAGCUACAGCUGUGUUGAGUCACUUUUGCCUCUCCAACUGUACUUAUACUCUGUUUGUCUUAAUAUAGCUCUGGUAAGAAAUGGAAAGUCACAGGAGGUUGAAAAUACACACACCUUUGGAAGAUACCAGGCCACCCUGAGCUGGUUAUUACCUGUUAAUCCUCUCAGCAUGGGAGGUCUAGCCAUAAUGAAAGUGAUGGUACUGUAACAUGUGCCUGAACAUUACUGAUGCCAUAGUGUACAUGUGUCAGGUGGAUUGUCGUAGGCUGCUUCUGUCCAGCUCCAGAGGAGUAACUAUGCUCUACUUAUAUAGAGCCAAAGUGAAUAGGCGCUAUUAUAAUUGCUCCGUUAAUACUAAACGAUCAGUUAGACUUCAGAGCUGAUGACAUGUGUUUCCUACCCUCGCCUGAAUCCAGACUUUGUGUUGAGUAGUACAAUGUUUAAUUUUUUUUCCCCAUUCAUCUCUUCUACAGUAGUGUAAAAUAGUUCCCCACUCUUCUUCCUUGAGCCUUAACCUUUUUCAAAGCUGUAAGUGUUGAUAAGUUUGAAUGCCAGGACCAUGUGCUCUGUGGUGCCUUGGAUUAUAAAAUAGAUCUAUUCUUUGGUGCAUAAGGUGUUCCAUGUCAGAAAUAACUGAAAGCCAAAGAAUUUACACUGCAGAGACUGUCACGAUACAAAGAGAGCAGCAAACCAAGGACUGAAUUCUGCAUUUCGUGUACACAGAAACUCAUGGAAUGAGGAUGGCUAAUUUGACUAUACUGUCAAGAUGCUGAUUUUUGUCCAUCAUAUGGAGUAGGUUGGGUAUUUUUUAGAAAAAAAAAAAAAAGGCAAACCAGCAAUGAACUUUUAAAUCAGUGAAUUUCUCCUGGUACUUCACUUCACUGUCUGUCCAGAACUUCUGUUUCUGUUCAAUCUAAAAAUGAGUAAGGGUGAAGAAGCCACAGCGAAAGCUAAGUGUUGUACUGGCAGAUGUAUUAGAUCAAUGUGUAUACUUCUGCCUUAAAGGAAGCCUUUAUUAUCAUGUUUUUAACAACUUUCUAGUGAAGCACAAUCUCAUGAGUUUCUUGUAUAAAAUCAGAGUGGUACAAUUGUUUACAUUGAGAUUUUUCUAAAUAAAAACUUUUUAAAAAA